CACAAACCAUCAGCAAUGAGAGCUGUUGUGCUUGCCCUGACUGUAGCCCUUGUGGCAUGUCAACAGAUCAACCUUGUUCCUGAGUUUUCCCUUGAUAAGACCUACGUGUACAAGUAUGAGGCUCUGCUCUUGGGUGGUCUGCCACAAGAGGGUCUGGCAAGAGCUGGAGUAAAAGUCAGCAGCAAGGUUUUCCUCAGUGCUGUGACAGGGAAUGCCUUCAUGAUGAUGCUCUCGGAUCCUGUACUCUAUGAGUAUAGUGGCAUCUGGCCCACGGAUUCUUUUCUUCCUGCCACUAAGCUCACCUCAGCACUCGCUGAUCAACUUCAGAUUCCCAUCAAGUUUGAGUAUUCAAAUGGAGUGAUUGGACAAGUAUUUGCUCCAGCAGAAGUCUCCCCUACUGUCAUGAACAUACACAGAGGAAUCCUCAACAUCCUUCAGCUCAACCUCAAGAAGACCCAGAACGUCUAUGAGCUGCAAGAGGCUGGAGUUCAAGGAGUGUGCAGAACCCACUAUGUCAUCAAUGAGGAUUCAAAGGCCAACCAAAUUAUUGUAACCAAGUCUAAGGAUCUGAGCCACUGUAAGGAGAGAAUUAUGAAAGACAUCGGCUUGGCAUACACUGAGAAGUGUGUUGAAUGCACCAAGAGGAUAAAGAGUCUGUUUGAAGCAGCAACUUACAACUACAUCAUGAAACCAUCUGCUAAUGGUGUACUGAUCUCUGAGGCAACAGUUGAGGAGCUGUAUCAGUUCUCACCCUUCAAUGAGAUCCAUGGUGCUGCCCAGAUGGAAGCAAAACAAUCCUUGGCUUUUAUUGAAAUUGAGAAGACCCCAAUUGAUCCCAUCAAAUCAGAUUAUUUGUCCCGUGGAUCCCUGCAGUACGAGUUUGCAACUGAGAUUCUUCAGACUCCCAUUCAACUCCUGAAGAUCAGAGAUGCACUAGCCCAGAUUACAGAGGUUCUAAAUCACUUGGUUGAAAACAAUGUGGACAUGGUCCAUGAAGAUGCUCCCCUUAAGUUUAUGCAGCUUGUUCACCUCCUGCGUUUUGCCACCUUGGAGAAUAUUGAGGCCAUCUGGGCUCAAUUCAAGGACAAACCAGUUUACAGGCGCUGGCUUCUGGAUGCUCUUCCUGCUGUUGGCACACCAGUAAUUGUAAAAUUCAUUAAGGAGAAAUUCCUGGCUGAUGAACUUACCACACCUGAAUCAAUUCAGGCUCUUGUAGUUGCUAUGCAAAUGGUCACUGCUGAUUUGGAUACCAUCCAGUUGAUCGCUAGUCUGGCAAUGCAUGAGAAAAUUUCCACAAUUCCAGCUCUCCGGGAAGUUGUCAUGCUCGGAUAUGGUUCCAUGAUUGCCAAACACUGUGUUGAAGUUCCCACCUGCCCAGCUGAGCUCCUCAGGCCCCUCCAUGACAUUGCUGCAGAAGCCCUUGCCAAGAAUGAUAUCUAUGAAAUCACUUUGGCUCUAAAAGUUCUGGGCAAUGCUGGUCAUCCUGCUAGUCUUAAAACUAUCAUGAAGCUCCUGCCUGGACUGAGAACCGCAGAUGCUUCUCUGCCCAUUAGAGUCCAGGUUGAGGCCGUCAUGGCUUUGAGGAACAUUGCCAGGAAAGAACCCAAACUGGUUCAACCAGUGGCCCUGCAGCUCCUAUUGGACAGGGCCCUCCACCCUGAAGUGCGCAUGGUUGCUUGUAUUGUGUUGUUUGAGACCAGACCCUCAGUGGCUCUCAUCUCCAGUGUUGCUGGUGAUUUGAGGACAGAGAAAAACAUGCAGGUUACAAGCUUUGUUUAUUCCCACAUGAAGUCCUUGACCAGAAUCACUGCCCCUGAUAUGGGCAAUGUUGCGGGUGCUGCCAAUGUUGCUAUUAAGCUCUUGAACCCCAAGUUGGACAUGCUUAGUUACCGCUUCAGCAGAGCCCUUCAGCUGGACAUCUAUCAUUCUCCUCUUAUGAUUGGAGCUGCUGGAAGUGCCUACAUGAUCAAUGAUGCUGCCACCAUCCUGCCCAGAGCUGUUGUAGCUAAAGCACGUGCCUAUCUGGCUGGAGCAGCUGCUGAUGUUCUGGAGAUUGGUGUGAGAACUGAAGGAAUUCAGGAGAUUCUUCUGCAAUCACCAGCUGCGGAUGAAAGUCUUGACCGUAUCACCAAGAUAAAGCGCACCCUGAGAGCACUCAGAAACUGGAAGACUCUGCCAACCAAUCAGCCUUUGGGUUCAGUCUACAUCAAAUUGCUUGGGCAAGAAGUGGCUUUUGCCAACAUUGACAAGACCGUCAUUGAACAAGCAUUACCGCUUGCUACUGGACCCAAAGCACGUGAACUGCUGAAGGAGGCCAUUAAAGCUUUGCAGGAAGGAAUUGCACUGAAGUAUGCCAAACCCCUGCUAGCAGCUGAAGUGCGUCAUAUCUUCCCAACAGCAGUUGGUAUGCCUGUGGAGUUCAGUUUCUACACUGCUGCUGUUGCUGCUGCAACUGUCAAUGUUCAGGCUACCAUUACUCCUCCUCUCCCUGAGCAGCCUGAGACCAUCACUCUUGAGCAGCUGAAGAGGACUGAUGUUACAUUCCAAGCUGAAGCUAAACCAAGUGUUGCUCUGCAGACCUUUGCUGUCAUGGGAGUUAACACUGCCUUGAUCCAAGCUGCUGUUAUGGCUAAAGGAAAGAUCCGCACAAUUGUCCCUGGAAAAGUGUCUGCAAGAGCAGAUAUUCUCAAGGGCAAUUACAAGGUAGAGGUUCUGCCUGUUGAGGUUCCUGAACAUAUUGCUGAUAUGAGCUUUGAGACUAUUGCUGUGGUCAGAAACAUUGAAGAUCCCACUGCUGAGAGGAUUGUUUCAUUGGUACCUGAGUUGUCCGUGCAAAUGACACCUUAUAGUGGUGAUUUGUCAUCUGAGAAUGCUGAUCCUGAUAUGCAAGCUGUGAGAGCUGCUACUCCAUUUCACAAGACUCUCUGUCUUGCUGUCCCAUACAUUGAAAUGAAGGGAUGCGUUGAGGUGCAUUCGCACAAUGCUGCUUUUAUGAAGAAGUCUGCUCUGUUCUACAUAAUUGGACAGCACUCAGCCCGUGCUACAUUAGCAAGAGGUGAAGGUCCUGCGGUUGAAAGACUAGAGCUUGAGGUCCAAGUUGGCCCUAGAGCUGCUGAGAGGCUCCUUAAGCAAAUCAACCUUGUUGAUGAGGACACACCAGAGGGAAAGACCAUUCUGUUAAAACUGAGGGAAAUCCUGGAAACUGAAGCAAAAAAUUUGAAUGUCGCUUCUGAAAGCAGUAGUAGCCGCAGCCGCAGCCACAGCAGCAGUUCCAGCAGUUCAAGCUCCUCCAUUUCCAGCUCUCGCAUAUCUAAGACUGCCACCAAGAUGGAGCCUUUCAGAAAACUUCACAAAGAUCGGUUCAUGGCACCCCAUGGAGCCUCAAAGGCUGUUAGCAGUGGAAGCACAGAAUCUAGCUUUGAGACUAUCAGGAAACAGGCUAAGUUCCUUGGAAAUGCUAUUCCACCUCUUUUUGCUAUAAUUGCCCGUGCCGUAAGAGUUGACCAAAAGCUGCUGGGCUACCAACUUGGUGCAUUCUUUGACAAGCCAACUGCAAGAGUACAGCUCAUCAUUUCCUCAAUUGCUGAAAAUGACAACAUGAAGAUUUGUGCAGAUGGUGUUCUGCUGAGCAAGCACAAAGUCACUGCCAAGCUUGCUUGGGGUCCAGAGUGUCAACAAUAUGAAGUCACUGCUAAAGCUGAGGCAGGUGUUCUGGGAGAAUACCCUGCUGUCCGUCUAGAGCUGGAAUGGGAUAAGCUUCCAAUAUCUGUCACCACCUACGCCAAAAGGCUGUCCAAGCACAUCCCUAUGGCAGCUUUCUGGGCUGGAUUCAAGCUUGAAAGAGCCACGAACAGUGAGAAAGAGGUUGAUCUGACCGUGGCCUUGCCAACCCAGAUGACCCUAAAUGUCAUUGCUAGGAUUCCAGAGAUGACAGUGUCAAGGAUGGAUGUUCCUCUCCCCGUUGCUGUUCCCAUCAAUCCAGACGGAACUUUUUCUGUUCACAUUGAUAUGGACACUCUUCUGAAUCCAGAACUACUUAUAGAAACAAUAACUAAUUAAGCAUCAGAUUAUACAUAUUCUACUGCCAAUUUGAGUGGUUUUCAUUUGGUAUUGUUUGUUGUUUGACAGUUUAAUUAAUAUGUUGCCAUUGUUAUGUAAUACUAAUAAAUU